AUGAGAUCACAACGAGGAUAUCGAGGACAACGGGCACAACAUCCACAACUACCAUUACAACAUAUGGAUGUUCAUAAUGUGGAAGUGCCGGCAAGAACAGUUACAAAUAUUGAACAAAUUAAACAAAGACAUUUACAUCAAAAACAUAAUCCUGGUCAACGAUCAACAGCUGUUAAUUUAGGAAUAUCUUUAGCAAGUGUUCAUCGUGCGAUGAAAAAAGAUUUACAUAUUAAACCAUUUCAUAAAUUUAAAACAUCCAAGAUGACUAAUGAUCAUGUUAAAAGUCGAGUCAAAAUCAUUAAUUCUGAUUAUUCAGCUAAGAUUGGUUUACAAGUACCGAAUAAUACAAAAAACAAUGUGGUUUAUGGUGAAACUCGUGAAUCAAUACCACGUGAAUUAUUAGAAGCACCAACAGCAAAUUUUUUUAAAGGUUUUAUGAUGUGGAGUGCAAUCAGCUGGCGUGGACUUAUACCUAAAAAUGAUCCGAUUUUUAUUGAUGAAUUUUUAGAUGAAUAUGAAUGGCGUCAUGGUGAAAAGAAAACCAUGACUGCCCAAAGAUAUAUUGAUUUAUUGAAACAAAAUAUAAUUCCAUCAAUUGAAGCAAGAUAUAUGGAUUAUGAUUAUAUUUAUCAAGAUGAUUACGAUUCUAUUCAUCGUGGAAAAAUUACAUUAGAUUUCAUAGAAGAAAAUAUGCCAUCUCGUAUUAUGCCUGAAGAUCAAGCGUCAAAGUUAGCAUACAAAACAUGA